UUCUCUUGGACAUAAAAAGUUGCUUCCUUUUUCAGAGUGAAAUUUUUGUGCUAAUAUGCUGUCAUAGAAAGAUACUGCAUGAAACAGAACUGACGGCCACAAUGCCUGCUUUCUUGCAGAAGAUGCUAGUCUUCUGGGUCCUCUUCCUCACAAGUGCCAAAGAAAUCAGCUCCCUGGAAAUUACUCCCAAUGCCCACGAAGUUGUCCUCAACCUCUACACUGAUUUUACCCUGAAAUGUUCAAGCCACGACGAGGUUAUCUGGAAAACAGACAACAAGCAUACCAAAUUGGACACUGUCCUGGAGAAAAAGGGCACCAUUUUUACCAGCACCCUCACAUUAAGGAACUUGACUGGUUUGAACACAGGUGAAUAUUCCUGUACCAACGAUCAAGCCCUGGAUGGAAAGUCCAUCUACGUUUUUGUACCAGAUCUCUCCAUGCCUUUCCUACCAAGCAUCCCUGAAGAGACCUUUGUGUUCAGCCCAGGUUAUGGUGAAGUCAUUAUUCCUUGCCGUGUGACAAACCCCAAUGCCACAGUAUCUCUUCAUGAAAAGAGGGUUAAUGAUCCAGUCCCUGGAAUGUAUUUUCCACAGCUAGGCUUUAAAGGACGGUUUGAAGACAGGACCUAUAUCUGCAAGGCAAUGAUAGAAGAUGAAGAGUUUGAGUCUGAAACAUUCUAUGUCUACACUAUCCAAGUUCCUUUUCCUUCAUCCUUCAUCAAUGUUUCUAUCAGUGCAGUGCAAACUAUUUUGAAACAAGGUGAAACUAUUAUUGUGACAUGUGCAGUAAGAGGCAUUGAGUUGAUCAGUUAUACCUGGCGUUAUCCUGGACAGAUGGUAGGCAAAGAGGUAAAACCCAUGACGCACAUUGUUUCAGGAGACAAACAUUAUACUAGUUCCACCUUAACUAUUCACAAUGCAGACUUGGAUGAUCAGGGUCUAUAUGCAUGUGAGGCCAAGGACACGUAUCUUGGACAACAAGAAGAACAAAGUAUCUUCAUCAGAGUGAUUGAGCGUGGCUUUGUGACUUUUCACACUGUUCUAAACGAGACCAUAUUUGCAGAACUGCACAAAAGUCACACCUUUUUGAUACAGAUGGAAGCCUAUCCAAGUCCAACCAUAAUCUGGUUUCAGAACAAGAAGCCCCUGACUUCUGAGAGCAACAGUGAUUUUGCUAUCAACAGCAGGAAUUUGUCAGAAACCAGGUAUCAGACUACUCUGACCCUCGUAAGGGUGAAAGCAAGUGAGGGAGGUUUGUACACUGUCCGAGCAUUUCACGAAGAUGAUGUAAAAGAACUCUCCUUUUAUUUGCAGAUUAAUGUCCCAGCUACAGUCACUGAACUGAGAGACAGUAGCAACAAAACAAAUGGUGAGCAAACAGUGAUCUGUACUACAGAAGGAAUGCCCCAACCAGAGAUUACCUGGUAUACCUGUAAUAAUGACAAAUGGUGUGCGGGGGAAACGACUAAGAUCCUGGGAAACACCUCAGAAGAGAUGAAUCUGCAAACAAAUUUCACUUAUGAAGAUGACAGAAAAGUAUACGUUGUGACAAGCAAGCUCCACUUUCACAGAGUAGAUGAGCCUAUCUUUAUCCAAUGUGCAGCUCAAAAUCUCCUUGGUGCUCACACUCAGCAAAUCACCCUGGUCCCAUACAAUCUACCUUUUAAAGUGAUCGUUAUUUCAGUAAUCGUGGCUUUUGUGAUUCUCAUGGUUCUUUUCCUGGUGAUCCUCAUUUUCUUGUGGCGAAAAAAGCCUCGAUAUGAAAUUCGCUGGAAGGUGAUUGAGUCAGUCAGCUCUGAUGGGCAUGAAUAUAUCUAUGUGGACCCUAUGCAACUGCCUUAUGAUUCCAGUUGGGAAGUCCCAAGGGACAGGCUGGUUUUAGGACGUACGUUGGGCUCUGGAGCCUUUGGGCGUGUGGUGGAAGCAAUUGCUCACAGCCUCAGCCAUUCUCAGUCCACCAUGAGAGUUGCUGUGAAAAUGCUCAAGUCCACAGCCCGAAGCAGUGAAAAGCAGGCUCUGAUGUCAGAACUGAAGAUCAUGAGCCACCUUGGGCCUCACUUGAACAUUGUGAACUUGCUUGGUGCUUGCACCAAAGGAGGUCCCAUCUACAUCAUAACUGAAUAUUGUCGCAACGGAGACCUGGUGGACUAUCUACACAGGAACAAGCACACCUUCCUGCAGUGCUACAGUGAGAAAGCCAAGCAAGAAGCAGAAUUGUAUGGGAAUGGCAUGCGUGUGGACCGGCUGCAGAGCCAUACAUCGGUAUCCGUAGAAAGCGAUGGGGGCUACAUGGACAUGAGUAAGGAUGAAUCAUUGGAUUAUGUGCCCAUGUCUGACAUGAAGGGUGAAAUCAAGUAUGUAGACAUUGAUUCUUCCAAUUAUGGAGCGACCUAUGAGCUAGACAGCUGUUCGCCUUCAGCUUCAGAAAAAGCGACCUUGAUCAGCGAGUCUCCGCUCCUCAGCUAUAUUGAUCUUGUUGGAGUUAGCUUCCAAGUGGCUAAGGGAAUGGAAUUCUUAGCUUCUAAAAACUGUGUACACCGUGAUCUGGCUGCGAGAAAUGUACUGAUCUGUGAAGGGAAACUGGUGAAGAUCUGUGACUUUGGCCUAGCCAGGGACAUCAUGCGGGAUUCAAAUUAUAUUUCCAAAGGAAAUACCUUCUUGCCUUUGAAAUGGAUGGCCCCUGAGAGCAUCUUCAACAACCUCUACACUACCUUAAGUGAUGUGUGGUCUUUUGGGAUUCUUCUGUGGGAAAUAUUCACUCUAGGUGGGACUCCAUAUCCUGAACUGCCUAUGAAUGACCAAUUUUAUAAUGCUAUUAAACGUGGCUACCGGAUGUCCAAACCUACCCAUGCAUCCAAUGAAAUCUAUGAAAUUAUGCAGAAAUGCUGGGAAGAGAAAUUUGAGAUUCGACCACCUUUCUCUCAACUGGUAGUACUUAUGGGGAACCUGCUAACAGACAGCUACAAGAAGAAGUAUCAACAGGUCAAUGAAGAAUUCUUGAAAAGUGAUCACCCUGCUAUUAUGCGUACGAGGCCCAGGAACACAGGAUUCAGUCCUUCUAGGUCCACUGCAAGUGACAGUGUCAGUUCAAGUUCUGUCCUCUAUACAGCUGUGGAGCAGAAUGGAGUGGACAAUGAUUAUAUCAUUCCUUUGCCUGAUCCUAAACCAGAAGGAGACACUAAUAACCCUCCAGAGGCCUCUAGCAGCAGAGCAAGUUCAACCCUGAAUGAAGCAAACACUUCAUCUACUAUAUCUUGUGACAGUCCUUUAGCCCCAGAGCAAGAAGAAGAACAAGAAGCACCUGAGUUAAAGUCAGAUUGCUAGGGUUACCAGUGCUCUGUGCUCCUGCGUAUGCUAGUACUGGGGAGUUCCACCCAGUGGGAAAACGUGCACAUCCCCCUUCAUUCAAUCAUAUCAAAAUACAAUUACAGCUUGUUCCUCCUUCCUCUAAAACAGAAGCCUGGAAUUAUCGAAAGAGGUCUUUUCUGAGACCAGGAGUAUUGGAGUAAGACCGCAGACUAAAUCAGAACAAUUCAAGUCAGUGUUGUGUGAUAAUUCUUGGUGGCUUCUGAACUGGGAUUGCAUUCAUUUCAACCUUUAAUGCAGAAUUGGCUCUUCCGUCACCAGAUACCUUAGUUCACCACACAUGUUUUCACCUGCUAAAUCAGAGUAUCAGAAGAAUACUGAUACUUAAUAGCCACAACAAUUUCUGGAUCAAACAGCUCUCCCCAUGACAAAGCAAAUCUCCACAAGGUCAAGCAAAAGGGCCUCCUGGGUUUCAAUUGGGACAAAUGCCUUUUGAUUCGUGAAACUGUUCUUGACCGUUACUCGCUUACUGGAUUAUCAAGUGAUGCUUUUAAAAACAUAUCCUUGGAAAGGAUGGAAAAUGGGACAGAUGGGACAGGAGAAGUCCCAUGCAGAAGUCACUUAGGAGACUCAGAAAAGUUUUGUCCAUUGUUUAAGGUUUAUAAUUGCUGGGGCCUGCCUUUCUUCUUAGGUCCCCCACUUCUUUCAUUAAGCAUUCCAACAUGGUAAAUGAUUUCAUGAGUUACAGGUACUCAGAUUCUGCAGCUGCCCAGGCAGUAGCUAAGGACAGUAGCUAAAGCAGCAUUUUUUUAAGGGGAAAAAAAAAUGCAGAGUGCGUGGAGAUUCAUCCAGAGAUUCAGCUGAGAAGGAACAUUUCAGUGUUACAUUUCCAGCAGGCUGCCCUUUCAUUGGAUGAAAUGAAGUGAUUAAAAAGGAAUGCUUAGAUUUAUCCAAGACCGUAAGAGGAUGAAACAUGGAUCAUACAUUUUUUUUUCUUCUUUCUGCUUGUGCACUUUUUAAGCAAAAAAAAAAAAAAGCCUCACUGCCUGAUGGGCAGCUAUAUCUUUGGUUUAUUUCAGAGGGUUAUUAGUAACCACCAUUGCAUUCUGCUGAAUCUUACAGGUGUUCAGUUGCAACAGGUAGAUCUUGGAAAAUAAGAUUGGAUCUAACUGGUCUUUGGUGGGACUUUAGCAACUCAUGCAAAACCCUAAGGCUGUAGGCUGGUUGGGAAAUUGAAAAAGUUUCUCCAGCUGCAAGAAGUUCUUUCUUUAUUGUGGCCAGUGACAUGCCUUUGUCAUUUCCAGCAAUCAGACUGGAUUAUCAUUAUUCAGUCUUUCUGAGGUUGGAGACAGCACUUAAUAGCUUUGGGCUGCCGUAUCCAAAAUACCUUCCAGCGUGCUCAAAAGCGGAUCUACUUACUAGGCAGAAAAAUCUAGGAGAUCCAGGUCCCAUACCAGCUCCUAUGAUAAAUGUGUCUUUCCCUAUAUAAAUUGGAGGGCGGACCCCCGUCAUUCAUUUAGUGCCCUAUCUGUAGUAAUAUGGCACAAUGGUGAGGAUUGCUUUGGCUGUGGCUGCCACCUUGCCUUUUUAAUCCAUUGAUACCCCAGUACUCCCCCAUCGGCUGCUACUUAAGAUUUAAUGAGCAGGUAGCUGAAAUGCUUUUGCGCAUUUCAUGUUGUCCUUUGCUCUGCACAAUGCAAACAUUCAGAAAGCAAUCUAUUAUAAAAAGGCUUUUUUUAAAAAAAAAUUCUAGUGUCCUCUUUUCUACCAGAGGUAGUUCUAAAGUGCCUCAUUAUCCUCUUUUUAAAAAGUAUUUUAGCUACUUUUGAUCACAUUGUAUUAAUUGUAGGACAGAUAUAUUAUAUACUUAUAGUUAGUGUGUGUGUGUGUGUGUGUGUGUGUGUGUGUGUGUAUCAUACAGAUAGACAGGAGGGCAUAUAAAGUGAUUAUUUUCCUCUGGUCGAUCUAUUAACAAUUUUUCAUUUUUGAAAUAAUAUUCAUAUUUACCUCUAGCUUUUCUCAGUGAUAUAUUUUUUCUUUUUUUAAGGCACAGUCAGAGUAUUUGUUAUAAACAUUCAGUUGAUGUGGUAACAAUAGAGUUAGGAAAUGUUUGCAGGCAAACAUGCCAAUUUAAAGUCCAGUGUUAUAAUGGUUAAAAUGAAUUAUUCUAUAAAUUAUGGCCAGUACUAUGUCUAUCUCCUUCAAA